UUCUCAUUACCAACCACAUCACCACUUUGUGCAUCGAAUGGGCACACAACUCGCAUCACACUCAUUAGAAGUACAACGCAAACAUUCCUCUUGCAGAUUCGAUUAUCUCCCCACCCGAAAGUGUGAUUGGCAUACAUCACCGAAAAGGUUGUUCGACCACGACGCCUCGUACUCCCGCCACCGACUGACCAACAUCCCGAGACGAAGAGCCACCUGUGUUACGGUUAUGCCUUUUUCUCCGGCAUGACUCUCAUUCUCUAAGGGAGCUUGACCGGUCUUAUACCCCGUGUGUCUCCUUUGAACUGAGUGUGCUGGAGGAUGAUAACCACCGUCCAUCUGUAGCAUCAGUGAUUGACUGGUACAACAAUGCCCACAGCAGCAAUGACAACCACAGAAGCUGCUGCCAUUGUGGAGAGUGCCAUCCGCAAGUUCAUCCACGGGUGUCAUAUUCUCCAUUAUCAUGGCGUUGUCGACGCCUACGGUCACCUCUCCUUCCGUCAUCCACUCCGUCCCCAAAUCUUUGUUAUGGCCAAGAACAUGCCCCCGGCCGCCGUCUCCUCGCAAGACGAUUUGAUUCAAUACUGGGUCGAAAACGCUGAGCCUGUCGAGGAGGGCGCUCCGCAAGGGUACGUCGAGCGCCUCAUUCACUCCGAAAUCUACAAGCGGCACAAUGAAGUCACUGCCGUCGUCCAUGCCCAUGCGGAUGCCGUCAUCCCCUUCACCAUUUCAGGCGUCCCUCUCCGUCCCUGUUACCACAUGGCUGGCUUCCUCAGCACCGAUGGACCGCCUGUCUGGGACAUCGCCGACCAUUAUCUCCGCAGCGAUAUUCCUGAUAUGCUUGUCCGUCAUGAGCAUCUGGGGAGGAGUCUUGCCAAGUCCUUCGACGGUGGAAACGUUGUGACCUUGAUGCGUGGCCAUGGGUUCACUGCUAUCUCUUCAUCCAUCGAGGACGCCGUGUUUCGAGCCAUCUACACCAUGAAGAAUGCCGCUAUACAGUCAGCUACGUUAUCCCUAAGUGCAACAUCGGCCGCAACAAAUAACUUUUCGCCGUCACCAGCCAUUCGGUACCUAAAUCGAUCAGAAGCUUGGAACGCAGCAGAAACGUUAUCCGGCACAAUCAGCAGGCCAUGGGAACUGUGGGUCAGGGAGGUGGGAGCUUUUGGACGUUAAUUUGGACGUUAUUGUUGCUAUGUUCGACCUGAGUGCGCAUCUGGGUAAUGGCACUUGGUGUUGAAUUAACACCGACAGCGCGCGCGACGAUGUCAAUUGUGGUCUCAUUCGCUCAGCCACUUGCACCGGCCCCUGGUUUCUUCCCCCCCCCCCCCCCACCC